CCCCACUGGCCAGUCCCCACGCCCACACACCCCAGGCUCCCUCAUCUGGCACUGAUUAUCCUGCUGCUGCUGCUGCCGCUGCUAAACUCAGCUGCUGCCUCUGUCUAGAGGACCCCAGCGCCUGCCCCCCAGCCAUGCUGCCUGCUGCCACAGCCUCCCUCUUGGGGCCCCUUCUCACUGCUUGGGCCCUGCUCCCUUUCGCUCAGGGCCAGACCCCCAACUACACCAGACCCGUGUUCCUGUGCGGAGGGGAUGUAACUGGGGAGUCAGGUUACGUGGCAAGUGAGGGUUUCCCCAACCUCUACCCCCCGAACAAGGACUGCAUCUGGACAGUGACGGUCCCUGAGGGCCAAACUGUGUCCCUCUCCUUUCGAGUCUUCGACCUGGAGCUGCACCCCGCCUGCCGUUACGAUGCUCUAGAAGUCUUUGCUGGGUCUGGAACCUCAGGCCAGCGGCUCGGACGCUUCUGCGGGACCUUCCGGCCGGCGCCCUUAGUUGCUCCUGGCAACCAAGUGACUCUGAGGAUGACGUCGGACGAGGGCACUGGAGGACGGGGCUUCCUGCUCUGGUACAGCGGGCGGGCCACCUCAGGCACUGAGCACCAAUUUUGCGGGGGGCGGCUGGAGAAGGCCCAGGGAACCCUGACCACGCCCAACUGGCCCGAGUCUGAUUACCCCCCGGGCAUCAGCUGUUCCUGGCACAUCAUCGCACCCCCAGACCAGGUCAUCGCACUAACCUUCGAGAAAUUUGACCUGGAGCCCGACACCUACUGCCGCUACGACUCAGUCAGCGUAUUCAAUGGAGCCGUGAGCGAUGAUGCCAAGAGACUGGGGAAGUUCUGCGGCGACGCGGUCCCAGGCCCCAUCUCCUCGGAAGGGAACGAACUCCUGGUACAGUUUGUCUCUGAUCUCAGCGUUACCGCCGACGGCUUCUCAGCCUCCUACAGGAUCCUACCGCUGGGCGCUGUCCAAGAAGGGACAGCCCGGAACCCAGGAGAGGAAGCCCCACUCCUUGGCCCUGGCACUAAACUGGAAACUGGACCCAAAGUCAAGACACCCACCAAGCCCCAACUCCCACCUACAGAGAAAUCAGAGGCAACUCCAGUAGGCCCGGAUACAAUCAGUGUCCCCUGCCCAAAGCAGUGCCGUCGGAAAGGCACCUUGCAGAGCAACUUCUGUGCCAGCAACCUGGUGGUCACUGCAACAGUGAAGUCCAUGGUCCGGGGCCCAGGGGAGGGCCUAACUGUCACUGUCAGUCUCAUUGGUGUUUACAAAACCGGAGGACUGGACCUGCCCUCUCCACCCACUGAAACCUCCCUGAAGUUUUACGUGCCUUGCAAGCAGUGCCCCUCCAUGAAGAAAGGAGCCAGUUAUCUGCUGAUGGGCCAGGUGGAAAAGAACAGAGGUCCCAUCCUUCCUCCAGAAAGUUUUGUGGUUCUCUAUCGGCCCAACCAAGACCAAAUCCUCACCAACCUAAGCAAGAGGAAGUGCCCCUCCCAACCAGCACCAGCUGCUGAGUCCCAGUCCUGAAACCCUUAGGUCCUAGUCCUAAGCCUCCCUUUUUAAAAUUUUUUUAGACAGAGUCUCAUUAUGUCACCCUCGG